UUGGCAUGGAUUUCCUUCAAAAAGUCUGCAAUUAGCUUUCAAGGAGAACAACUUGUUGCUUUGAAAUUGAAAAGUAGUUGUAUUAUACAACUUUGGGAUACCUAUAAGGCUCUAGGAAGGUUGAAGUAUAUUAACCUUAGACAUUCACAGAAGCUAGUAAGGACUCCAGAUUUUUCGGAUACCCCUAAUCUUGAAAGACUGGUUUUCGAAGAGUGCACAAGUUUGGUCGAAAUCAAUUUUUCUGUUGGAGAUCUUGGAAGGCUAGUCUUUCUGAACCUGAAGAACUGCAGAAAUUUAAUGACCCUGCCAGAGAGCAUUCAAUUGGAAAAGCUUGAGGUUUUUAUCUUAUCAGGCUGCUCAAAACUCAAAUCAUUUCCAGAAAUAGAAGGCAAAAUGAAUUGUUUAACAGAACUGUAUUUGGAAGCGACUGCUUUGAGUGAACUGCCCGCAUCAAUUGAAAACCUGUCGAGAGUUAGCGUGAUAAAUCUAAGCUAUUGCAAGCGUCUUGAGAGUCUUCCAAGAAGUAUUUACAGGUUGAAAUGUCUGAAAACACUUGAUGUGUCCUGUGCUUGUGUGUUAUUAAAAUCAAGUUAAAAGUAUCAUUCACUUUCUGAAAAAACAUACAGGUAAAAGCUCAAGUCAUUUUGUGCUACUCAUGCAGUGGAUCCAUAGACAAUAGAAGAUUAGAAAUACCAAAAAAAAAGACAGUAAGUAUAUGGUCUAUAUCUGGUAGCUAGCCUGAUUUUCCAAAACAUUGGGU